UGUUAAAUCAGAUAUAAGGUCUGUGGUUUGCAGGGAACUGGGUAUUUGAAGUGGAUUUCUUGGAGAGAGAAGACAACAACUUUGAAUCCAAUCCCUGUGUACACUGGGACCAUGGAGAGCUCUAGACUAUGGACAAGAGUGUUAGUUUGUGCUGCGCUGCUGUCCAUCGUUCUCGGUGCUGAAAUUGACGACUCGGAUUCGGAAAUAAACCUUGACACAAGAGCCUUGCGGGAUUUCUACCCCAAAGAUCCCAACUUGACUAAUGAAAAACAGCUUCUUGGUGCACUACAAGACGUUCUUGAAAAGCUGCAGACCAAACGACUUUCAAUGUGGGAAAAGAAAUUUGGUCAAGUUCCAACGUGCGACGUUGGAGAGCAAUGUGCGGUGAGAAAAGGAGCGCGAAUUGGGAAAAUGUGUGACUGUCCUCGUGGAGCAUUCUGUAACUUUUUCCUGCUCAAGUGCUUGUGAACUUAUGCUUUUUGAAUGUAAGUGGACCAGUCGGGAAGCUAUUGAAAUACUGUUAUAUCAUGGUCUAUGUGAUCUUUAUAAUAUAUUUUUCAUUACAAGGUGUGCUUAUCAGGAGAAAGACAGAUUGCAUUUUGAAAGAUUGUCAACCCAAAAAGGUGUUUGAACUUGAAAUAUUUUAUUUUCCACUAGAUGUUACAGUACUCUAAUAUGACUUCAAAUAAACGGUGUUACAUAUUGUUUUGUAAAGCAGUCUGCGUGGUCUCUGUUCAGUAAGUUCGUGUAGAUUCAGGUGGAAAAUAUGGGGUGCUUAAUUUUUGUGCUGCGCAGUAAGAUAAGGACUUGAGUGUUCAGACUCGGCGUCCCUCGAUUUAUAUUAUUUUCUGAUUUUAGAUGAGAGCCUCCUGUGUCAUGUAUUCAUUUUUUUUCAAUUACUUGUGAACUUUCAAAAUAAAACAGUGUUGUUCAAUAGUG